AUGGCGGCAUCCAACAAUGACCCCCAAGGACGGAUCGGCUUCCUCCCACCGCCGCCAGGCGAAACGCCAAACUUCGACAACCCGCGGGAUAUCAACUGGACGCUCAACGUCGCCGUGCUGAUAGUAAUGAUUGUAUUGUACUCGGGGACUCUUUUCGCCAGUAUGUCUGGACCUGCCCUUGUCUAUGCUCUUCAUCGUCGCUCACCCAAUCCAGUGGCACAUUAUGGCCUCGGCUAUCACGCAUGGGAAGUCACAGUUGAGGACUACUCCCAGGUACUCAAGUGGCUUUACGCCAGCUCCAUCGUCUACAUUCCAGCGGCGUAUUUCACCAAAGUCACCCUCCUUCUCCUUAUUGCCCACGUCUUCGCCGUCAAUGAACGUAUCGCCAAGAGCAUCCAUAUCUUCAUCUGGGUGCUUCUGUUCAUGUACACCCCCGUCCAGACUAUCAAGACCACCAUCUGCGUGCCCAUCGAGGAUUACUGGAUCCCCUCUGUGGCACCGCGGUGCAUCAACCAACGCAAGGUCUUUAUUGUCGAUACAUCGAUCGCCGUCUUUGUGGAUCUAGUCAUCCUGCUGCUCCCGAUCUUUAUGACCUGGUCAUUAACUAUGUCGCCGAAGAAGAAGCUCAAAAUCAUGCUGAUGCUCGGUGCGGGCGGUGGAGCGACGGCGGCUACGGUAUUUCGACUCGUGACGGCGAUCAGGCCGAUUCGGCAGCACACCUAG